CAGAUUUCUGUGCGGGGUGAUAGUGUGUCUCUGCAUUCAGAUAGGCGUCGGUAUGCGUUUUCUUUCGGUAAACACUUUGUGUUUACCAUUUCUACCCCGUCCGAGCAGAAUAUCCAGGCAUGGUAGAGUUCUGUCAGCUUCCACUUCCAUGGUGAACUACUACCGAAUGCUGGAAAUGACCAAUCCGUGUGCCAUUCCAUUGCGCCAAUUAACCCUCAUAGACUGACCAAGAACUAGACUCGGUAGAUAUUGAUACAGUCAUCCAAGCUCUCACAAACCGAGGUCUGCAAUCAAAACAUUGAGAAGCAAUUGACAAGUCUCUUCUGACUAUGGCAAUAGUCAGGAACUCAUGUGUAAUUGCAUCAAGUGUUUUUAUAUAUACAUCUGUCAUGAGUGGCAUUGUCAUUGCUUUUAAAUUGCAUUCUUGUUUGACCGUGCUGUUGUUGUUGCAAAUGCAGGACAGCGAUUUGAGGCGGCUGCAGCGGGCGCUCCUUGCACCCCAUUGGCCGCCUCGCGCACGUGACCACUCGAGGGGUGGUGGUGGUGUGGAAGUCACGUGCAGCCUUCGCGACCAAUCGCGCGUGCCAAGUCUCGCGAGAUUUCCGCUCCCCUCCACCCCGGGGAUCUCGGAUGAUUUUUUUUUAUUCGCCCUCUGCUGCUACGUAACGCUCCUUCCGCUAUUGGAUCGCCUUUAGUUAACAUAUAUAAAAAAUUAGUAACAAAAUUCUUAAUUAACAUCUCCUUAAAAUGCUCGGAACGAGACCCUGACCCCUCCCUCACGCCCUCCCCCCUCAUCCACCUAGGGUCAGAGGUCGCGGGCCCACGCCGCUCCUCUGGACCUCGCCAACCCACCGCCGUCUUCCCGCCGCGCCGUCCGGGGCCAAAGCCCCCCCCCCAGUCGGGGCCCAGGGCUCGAGGCGUUUGGUGCCGUCUCGCUUCGAGGCUUCCCGCUCGGGAGCUGCUGGAUCCGAGGUCUGGGAUCGCUACAGACGCUGCUGGGUUGGGUGGCGAGGCGGCUGGGGGGGAGGAGGAGGAGGGGGUAAGGACCCCGGGUGCUGGGCCGGAUCUAUCGGGGCUCGGUCCCCUCGUCUGCUCCGAGUUGGUGGUCGAGGCUCCACCACCCACCCACGGUGGUGGUGGUGGGGCUCUCUACCCCCCCCCCUGAACCUACUCGCCCUGUUGUUGUUGUGGGGUUUGGCGGGGGAGGGUGGUGGUCUGUCUUCCUCGGGGGGGGUUUCGGAACUUUUGCCCGGGGGCGGUCCAAGUCGACUGUCGGGGCCGCGCGUGGCCUCUCCGCGUCCUCCAUCCAAGAUCUGCAGGUUCUCCUCCACGACGUCCACUCUCCCUGUCGCGGUCUCGAGCAGCGACCGCCGCCGCCGUUUCUCAGCAUCCGAGGUUCCGCGCGGCGCGAGUCUCGGUUCGUCCCCCAAACCUCCUCCUCCUCCCGCCGCCGCCGCCGCUCAUCGCCUGUUAGCUGGGCCCUGGGUCCGGGCCUGCGAGCGACUUCGGCCUCGAGGCUCCCGGCCGGCAGCAUGAACGCCACGUCGCUAUACGCGUCCACCUGCCGCUGCGUGCUGCGCUGCGACCCGCGCAGACCCGGGAGCCUCAACGACGUCUGCCGACUCCUGCCCAGCCUGAGGCAGGCGCUGUCGUGCUCCGUGUGCGCCCAGCUUCUGGUGGACCCGAUGGUGCCGGCGAACGGCACCUGCCAACACUUUGUGUGCCGCGCGUGCCGGGGCCAGCGCCUGCGCGUGCGUCCCCCAUGCUCGUGCUCGCGCGACCCGCACGCCCCCUACUCGGAGUGCCGGCAGCUGGCGCUGCUGCUGGCGUGCUACCGCACGCUCUGCGAACACCUGCUGGGCUCCCACAUCGGCCGCGCCAUCGCCUCUCGCGCCAGCCACGAGCGCCACGGCCUGGUCCGUGCCGCCGACGACACGACCGCCGACGCCGCCGCGGCCGACGCCGCUACGUCCGCCUGCGCCGCGGCGACGACGGCGGUAGCUGGCGACGGGGACGCCGGCGGGGGCGGCGGCGCGAGCCGCUCGGACAAACCGCCGCAGGGCGCCGGGGUGACCAACGGUGACGCCAAGACUAACGGCGACGAAAGCGGCGACAAAAACGGCGCGACGAAGCCGGAGAGCAAUGGCGGCGGCGGCGGCGGCGAUGGCGGCGGUGGCGCCGGUGCCGAUAGCGACCGGGGUCCGGACGACGGUCGCGACGGGCGGCCGGAAAACGGUUCCACCGCGGGAAUGGAAUUCCUUGCUGCUGGAGAGAGUGGCGCCGGUGGCGGCGGCGGCGGCGCAGAGGGGAGCUCCUGUAUCGCGGGGUCAGACGCCCCGAUGGGUGCGACCGCCGCCGAUGUCGCGGCCGGGAGCGUCGCCGGAACGGGAUCGAGUUUGAACGACGGCGGCGGCGGCGAUGGCGACACCGCGGCGGAGGGCGGCGUCGCCGGCUCCGUGGUGGUGGCGGUGGCGGCAGACGGCGGUGGCGGCGGUGCCGGCGCAGUGAUGCGUGCGGGGAUGGUGGACGUCCUGGCCAUCCUGCGCGAGGGCUUCCCCGAGUCUAACGGCGACUCCCUCAACGGCAACGGCGACGCUGAGCACCUGAGGCGCCGCCGGCGCCGCCGGCAUCGGCACAGGAGGAGGCACUCGGACUCGGAGUUGAACUCGGACUGGGAAAGGUUUUCGGAUUUUUCCAAAGCUUCGUCGUCGUCCUCUUCAUCAUCGUCAUCGUCGUCGUCAUCAGCGUUGGACUCGGACGAAGGCGGCGCCCGCUUGGACCGUUCGGCCGCAGCGCCACCGCUGGUGAACGGGCGCGCACGCAAAGUUCGCGUCGCCGUCAUCCGGUGCGACGUCGCCAUCGCGUGCAACCUCCAGCGCGAGGAGGAGGAAGAGGAGCGCAAACAGCAGCAGCUACAGCUGCAGCAGCUACAGCUGCAGCAACAGCAGCAGCAACAGCAGCAGUUGCAGCAGCAGCAGCAACAGCAGCUACAACAGCAGCUGCAGCAACAGCAGCAGCAGCAGCAGCUGCAGCAACAGCAACUCCUACUCAGCCAACAGCUGCAGAACAAACAGCAACAACAGCAGCAGCAGCAGCAGCAGAAAAAGAAGAUCAAGCUGGAGUCACAGACGCUGAGCGGCGGCAGCUUUGCCGUCGGUGUUGGCGCCAAUCCGACGGUGGGCGUUGUUGUUGUUGGUGGUGUCGGCCUGGAUCCCGCUGCUCGCAGCGUGGCGACGGUGGUGACGUCAGCGGCGGCAGCAACGGUGGCGGCGGUGCCGGCGACAGCAGCGACGCCGAUGGUUGCGCCGACCUUGGCGACACCUGCGGCGGCCGCCACGACAGCCAACGGCAAGAACCAGCGCAAGCGCUCGCGGUCAGACGGUGACGGAGCCCUCUUCACAACGCCAACGCCACAGCCACCGCAACCGCAGCCAUCGCCGGCGACAGCGGCAGCAGCGUUACCCAGUCAACACCACCACCAUCACCAACACCACUUGCACCAGCAGCACCAGCAGCACCAGCAGCACCAUCACCACCAGCAGCAGCAGCAGCAAGCUGCGGUGGUGGUGGUCGGCGGGAAGCCGGUACAGCCGGUUCCCGCACCGAAGACGACGGCUAAAAAGCACGGGGGCGCGGGUGCCGGCGCCGCCAGGAAGAACGGCGCCAAACCUCGCUCCGGUGGUGGGGGAGGCGGCGGGACCUCACGCCCGCCCAAGCGGAAGCCGCCAGCGGCCGGUGGCGCGGGCAGCCCCUACCUGGUCUCGUCGUCGCUGGCACAGACGUCGGUGUCGGCGCAGCACGCGGCCGCGGCCGCGGCGGCGGCGGCCGCGGCGGCGGCCGGCAAGAAAAAAUCGUCCAUCCCGGCCUGCGUGGGCGUCCCCUCGGGCACGAUGCAGCCGCCUCCCUCCGCGGCCUCCUCCGCCGCCACCGGUGGCACCGCGACCACCUCUUCCGCGUCGUCGACGUCGUCGUCUUCGUCGACGACGACCACGGCGACGACGAAGAAAGGCUGCAAGUGCGGCCGUGCCACGCCCAACCCCAGCGUGCUGACGUGCCGGGGCCAGCGCUGCCCGUGCUACUCGAACCGGCGCGCCUGCACCGAGUGCGUGUGCCGCGGUUGCAACAACUCGUACUCGGAAGACGGGCGCAAGAAGCUGGAGGCGUUCGCGGUGCCGGAGAUUGCGCUGGCGAGCGAGCAGCGCGCGCUCGGCCUGCACGGCACCGUGAGCGCCGUCGUCAGCUCGGCGAGCGUCGCCGGCGGUACCGGCGGCACCGGGGGGCUCUCCUCGCAGUUUGGGAGCCUCAUGGCCGAAGCUCGGACGAUGAUGUCGGUUUCGGUGGCGGGCGGCGGCGGCGUUGGCGGCGGCGCGGUGUUUUCCAGCGCCGGCUCGCCGUACGGAUUGGGGCUACUUGGCAGCGGCGGUGCCGGCGGGGGAUCGGUCGGCGGUCUCGGCGGCGGCGUUGCCACCGGCGGCAGCGGCGCCGCCGGGUACGGCAGCCUGGGCCUCGGCAUCGGUCUGAACCUUGGCCUGAGCAGCGCCGGGUUUCUUAGCGUGGCGGCCGGCCCGGGGUUCGACGGGAAGGACGGCGAUGAGGAUAUUGACAUCACGUGACCUCGUCGCGGGGGUGGGGAUGGUGGACGCUGCUUCGUGUGCCCUCGUCGGGAGGUCUCGCGGAACAUUCUAACGGCGCCCACGGCGGCGCCAGAACCAGUAACAACAACUCGUGUUCGCGUGUUGCGCCCGUAAUCUAACGAAAGUCUCGGCAGUUUUUUUUUUACCUAGGGGAUCCCCUGAUGGCAGUUGUCCCUGCGUGACGCUGUGUGAUUGAGCGGCGCAGUGUUUUUAUGCCGCCGGCGCGUUUACCGACUGAAUGGGGGACUCGAUGUUCGCGCACACGUGCACACGCGUGCUCGCGCACACACAAAGACAAAGAUCCCCCGUACAGCCUUAACAUACUGAUGGGGCAAGUGCUGCCAGCGAGCACCCAUGAAGGGUGG